CACCACCACUCACCAGAAUAUAUUUUCAUUUAAUCAAUUACUAUAAAAUUUAUAUUUUCGUAUUUCAUUAUUCUUCAGUUCUUUACAGCGCCGAGUAUCGACGUUCACGUCAAAGUGCUGGGACGGCGGUUUCAGUGAACGCCAUUACAACCUUCCUGUUUAGGCUCAUCUGUUAACAGGAUCUUUAUUAACGGUUGAUGGGUUGAAAAAUGAAAUGAUAGUUUAAGCUAUUUGAGCCCGUUCACAAUUGACUUCAUAAAGAAAACUAUGGCUGAGUUCAUUAGAGGUGGUCCAGGUGUGGUGUUGCGCGAUAAGGUACAUGCUACGCUAAGUCUCAACAGUGAAGAUAGCCAAGACAUACUUGAUCAAGACUUUGAUCCAUUCAUAGAACAAGAUGAACUGGACGGUAGGAAUAAUGUAUCAUUGUUACAAGCACCACCUGAAAAUCAUUGGUAUCAUGGUCGGUUGAGUCGGCAUGCAGCCGAGGAACGACUGUGGCAGGCUGUAGAUUUGGGUAGUUAUCUAGUGCGUGAAAGUGAUCGUAAACCAGGCUCAUAUGUGCUAUCCUAUCUGGGACGUACUGGUAUCAAUCACUUUAGAGUGACGGCUGUAUGUGGUGAUUUCUACAUAGGUGGCCGACAGUUUGACAGUUUGUCUGAUUUAAUUGGCUAUUAUACAAAUUGUUCAGACUUAUUGAAAAGAGAGAGACUUGCAUAUCCAGUAGCGCCUCCUGAACCGGUCAAUGAUAAAAAACGUGUUGUAGCAAUUUUACCUUACACUAAAAUGCCUGAUACAGAUGAACUAACAUUUCAAAAAGGUGACAUAUUCUUUGUACACAAUGACAUGGGAGAUGGAUGGCUAUGGGUAACUGCUCAUAGAACAGGUGAACAAGGAAUGAUUUUUAGAGACUUAGUAGAUCAUUUAGAUGAAAACAUUGAUCCAAACACAGUCUUUGAUUGGUUUCAUCCAGGUGUAACAAAAAAUGAAGCUGUUGACAUGUUAGUCAAAUCUGGUCCUGGAAGUUUUUUAGUCAGACCAAGUGAUAAUUCUCCGGGUGAUUAUUCAUUAUUCUUUCACGUCAACAAUCAAAUCCAAAGAUUUCGUAUUGAGAAAAAGGGUGUUCGUUAUUUGAUGGGUGGUCGUACAUUUGAAUGUUUAGAUGCCGUCAUAAAUAGAUACCGUAAAGAACAGAUAGUUGAAGGGCAUACUCUUAUGAUGCCUGUGUGUCGUAACUCUAAUGAGUUGUUGGAUUUACCAAUUAAACAAAAAGAAGUACAACAAGCUGAAAAAAUAUAUGCAACACUUAGAGAAUGUCGCGAACAGGUGGGAAUCAAAAAAGUAAAAGGAAUAAAAAUGCAAGGGUAUAUGUACAAGAAAAGCGACAAGAAUAAAAAAUGGAAGUCAUUAUACUUCGUCUUAUUAAUUGAUGGAGUUGAUACUCAUUUAUGUUUUUAUGAUAAUCCUAAAAGAACUAAACCUAAAGGUUUGAUAGAAUUGAGUUGUGCUUACUUGUAUCCAGUACAUGAAAGUGUGUUUGAUAGACCUAAUUGUUUCCAGUUAGUCGAAAGAGCUUUACCAUGUUUGGCUACUAUAACUUAUUUAUCUUUAGCGACACAAGAUUUAUUUCAAGAAUGGCUUUCCUCUUUAAGAAUGUACUGUGUCACUCAGUUGUCAAGAGUUCCUAAAGCACACAAAUUACGCGAAUUACGUUGCUUACAGCUGCACAUUUUGGAUGCCCAUCGUUUGCCAUUCAAACUUGUACCAAACCCAUUUUGUAUAAUAUCUCUGAAUCAAGUAAAAGUAGCCAGAACUCGAGCUAAGAGCGGACCUGAUCCUGUGUUUGACGAAGAGUUCACUUUAGAUGAUGUACCUCCUGAUGUAUUAACAUUCACUGUAAGCAUUUACAAUAAAGGAAAACGAUCUAAGGAUACUGAGGUAGCCGAAUUAACUGUAGACUUGAAUACAUUGAACAAUGGAGCUGAAGUCGAAGACUGGUAUCCUUUAAGUGGUAUAACACCAAUUGGAGAAUGGGGUUCUCUACGGUUGCGUACUAGAUACUUACACGAUCUCAUCAUGCCAACUGAAGAGUAUUCACCAAUGCAGCAGCUAAUUCUUGAUCCAGAUUUAGAAUCUGUACGAGCACUAGCAGAUCUAUGCCACCAGGACCGCAUGCCUUUGGCUACAUCUUUAAUGGGAAUUUUCCGACACGAGAAAAAAGAAGCUGAUCUAUUAAGAAGUUUAAAUGAUGUAGAGAUAAUGAAAGAGGAUGAAACUACUACGCUAUUUCGUGCUGCAUCAUUAACUACAACUUUAAUGGACCUUUAUAUGAAGUCCGUUUGUUCAGAUUUCUUAAAAUCUGCAAUUCAACAAACUGUGUUUAAAUUAUUGGAAAGUAAACAAUCAUGUGAACUUAAUCCAUGUAAAAUGGAGUCCCCAGAUGAUGCUUGUGACAACGCCGAGUUUCUUUUGUUAGUAUUAGAUGAAAUCACUCAAUCCAUAUUUAUGUCUGCUGACGCUUGUCCCCGUACUUUACGAUACAUAUGCGGAUGUCUACAGAGAAUGGUAAUGAAUAAGUGGCCAUAUGAAAGAUUGGUUAGGACCAGAGUAGUUUCUGGUUUUAUAUUCUUACGACUCCUGUGCCCAGCAAUCUUAAAUCCUAGACAGUUCAAUCUAAUUCCAGAACCACCACCACCCAUGGCAGCUAGAUCUCUGAUUAUGGUGGCAAAAUGCUUGCAGAACUUAGCCAAUUUGGUAGAGUUUGGAGGCAAAGAGCCUUACAUGGAAGUUGUUAAUCCGUUUAUACUGAAGAAUAAAGAGAGAAUGAUUGUGUUUUUAGACCAAUUAUCCAAUGUAAUUGAAAAACCAGAAUCAGAGGGAGAAAAAAUCAAAGGUGACCCUGCCCGUAAUUUAGGCACCCUACAUCACAUUUGUAAAACCCAUCUAAUCGAACUUCAAAAUCUUAGUAAAAAUCAACAAUCAUUGAAGAAGCUGGUAACAGUCACAGAGAUGUUAAACAAACAUAAACAAAAAUAUUUGGAAAUGAUUACUUAAAUUGUAUUAACAAAAAUACAAUUGAAUAAAAUGGACAUUUCUAAUUGGAAAUUCAUCCAUGACUUACAAAGAUAAUUUGCUAAAGGCAUUUUUUUUCAAAAGUUUUAAUUAAGUAAUUAUUAUUAAUACUUAAUAGUUUUUCAAAAUUGUAUAUCCACAAAACCUGUGUUCCAAAGGUUUAAGAUGAGAGAUAAUGUUGUUAUUAGCAAGAGAACUAAUCAACUCAUCAAAACAAAUAACUAUAUACAUAUAAAUUUAUAUUUUUUUUGGUUAUUUUAUGUUAUUUAUAAUGUUAUUUUACUGCUUAAUGCUUUUCUAAAUGUAUCAAUGACGGUAUACACCAAAAUCGACUGGUAAACUUUGACUGAGUUUAUAAUUAUUAAAAUUAAUUAUGUUCUUCUUUAAAUGCUGUCAAUUCUGUCGAUUUCAACGUAGAGUUUUACGGACGUGCCAAAACUUUUUACAUAAUUUAUAGUGGUUUAAGAACAUAUAUUAUAUAUAUAUUUUAAUUCAAAUUAAACACAUUUAUUAUAUAUAUAUAUACUAUAUGUUAGAAAAAAUGAUUUUUAUUUGAUCCAUAAUAUUAAUUUUAAAUUAUUUUUCUACAUUUUGUAUUCAUACAUUAAAAUAUCAAUAAAUAUUAUGUCUAUUGAUGAUAAAAAAAUUUCCAAUGUGUACACUAACCUUUUUUUUUAUAACAGUUUUGUUAAAUUAUUGUAAAUGUGAUACAUAGUUAGUAUCAAAAUAGGUAAAUUAAUAUUAUAUUGUUAAAUCAAUGCUAGUUUAUGUAGGUAUUACUGUUGAUGCAUUUAUGGCCUAAAACAGUGCAGCUACUAUUCAGCCAUUUGAUAUUUUAGCAAUUAAUAAAACACCUAAUAAUUUGAGAAGAAA